AUUUACAGCAGAUUGUACGACCUGAAGAAGAUACAUCUUUGUUGGAGUAGUGCUAACUCUCUCCAUCUCUUUCCCAUUUGGGUCGCAUUUAUACAAAAUUGCAAUACCAAAAAGGCUCGAAUGGCAACAGAGAGCGAAGAGAACGGCACGGAAAUGCAAACUGAGGUGGACGAGUCUGCUUAUUCGCUGGCUCGGUGCAAGCUGGAUAACCUCCUCAAUAAGAGCAUGAGGAUUCGGAUGACAGACGGGCGCACGCUGGUGGGGCUCUUCCUGUGCACAGACCGAGACUGCAACGUCAUCCUGGGAUCUGCACAAGAAUUCCUCAAAUCUACAGGGACCCAGUACACCCCAGAUUCUUUCUCACAAGGUGAGCCCAGAGUGUUGGGACUGGCUAUGAUCCCCGGCCAUCAUGUGGUUUCUAUUGAAGUGGAAUCUGAAAGCCUUCAGACCACCACCCAUGGACUCUGACAACUUUAGAGACAUUUGGGGUCACCAUAUGGACUAUAGAGAAUGUAGUUUCCAUGCACACUUUGUAUCUGCAACUACGGAGAUGGCAGUAAAGAUCCUCUAGAGCUGGAGUUGUAACCCAAUAGGAAUUUUCCCGGUGUUUUUCUUCUUUUUUUUCUUUUUUUUUUCAGGGAAAUGCAAUACACAGUGGUUUGGUCCUCUGUGUUGAAACAAAAAUAAUUAAUAACAGUGUGACUUGUAAACUGUAUCCUUUUGCUUGUGUGUUUGCUUCUUUGUGAGCAGUGCACAUUGUGUAUGUAAUUCUAUGGACAUUGCAAUUUUUCAAUAAGAGUUUAAUAAUCACUCUGAUAUUUG